AUGUGCCCUAAUGGAGGCGGCGAGCCGACGGGCAAGGUUGCCGACGAGAUCAAGGCUUCCUUCGGCAGCUUUGCGAAGUUUAAGGAGGAGUUUACAAAUGCGGCUGUGGGCCACUUUGGCUCGGGCUGGGCGUGGCUCGUGAAGGACACCGCCUCCGGCAAACUGAAGGUUUACCAGACGCACGACGCGGGGUGCCCGCUGACUGAGCCCACCCUGAAGCCGCUCCUCGCCUGCGAUGUGUGGGAGCAUGCCUACUACCUUGACUACAAAAACGACCGUGCGGCGUACGUGCAGGCCUUUUGGAACGUUGUCAACUGGAAGC